CUCGUCAGCUCUUCCAUGUCCACAGACUCCCCUCAGCUCAAGAAAAGAAAAAUGUCCCCAGAAUCCGAGCUUUCUUCACCAGUUACUCAACUGCUCAUCAAACGCUUGUCGGACAAGGCCAAACUGCCCACCAGAGGCUCUGCUCUCUCGGCUGGCUACGAUCUAUACAGUGCCGAACAGAAAGUCAUCCCUGCGCAUGGAAAAGCUCUCGUAGACACCCAAAUCUCCAUUGCAGUCCCACCUGGCACCUAUGGACGCGUCGCGCCUCGCAGUGGCCUCGCUUCCAAGUUCAUGAUCGACACGGGGGCGGGUGUCAUUGACGCCGAUUACCGCGGUGUGGUCUUUGUGUUGCUAUUCAACCUCUCCGACAAGGACUUCCAGGUGGAGGAAGGGGACCGUAUCGCGCAGCUGAUCAUUGAGAAAAUCUACACUCCCGAUGUGCUUGAGGUCCAGGACCUCGAGGAGACCAUUCGCGGUGCUGGCGGGUUCGGUUCCACCGGUGGCCACGGUUCACUGUGAACUCGUAUCAUCUCCCUCAGUUCUUGCAUAUUUUUUGAUCUGUAACUUGAGUUCAUGCCACGACUCUUCAACACUAAUGGCUCCAGCGAUUUCCGUAUCCGUGACUGCUAUAGGGUUACACUUAUGCUAGGCUGAUAUGGUCUCGAUGAUGAGAUAGCUAGGCUUCGCGAGCUUGCCGCUUGGGUAUUGCAAGGACGUUAGGCAAUGCUAUGGAGUGCCAUCGGCACAAAUAUCUGAAGAAGAGUCAUAAAUUGGAAAGUACAAGUUGAAGACACUAGACGCACCAUUGCGGCUUGUUGGCGUCUACAACAUAGAAUCCACCAGAAGUUCUCUUAGAGUGUCGAAGGAGCGUCCUACCUCCCUGAAGCGCGUCUCCGCCAUCUUCAGCUGAGGUUUCAGCAAUCACUCGCGAGGCUACGACCACCCCAUCUGUAUCCACCAAUUUCACAGCCUCAACUAAGCGGACCAGUCCCUCCAGCCCAUUCUUCAGACGUUCGUAUUCUGGAGUGCCCUCCGUGGGUGCGCUGAGAGCCGAAAGAUCGUGUAGGCGCUGGAUGGCGGAAGCUGAUAGUGUCGGACGGGGGUAGGACGAAAGCAGCUCGUUCACAGACCAUGUCGGCGUCAGAGGAAAUCCACAUUCAUCAGUGUCAGACAGACUCCGCGAUUGCGGUGGAGGGAUAUUUGAGAGUGCGCGCCGCACGACGCGACAUGGCUGCGCGAAGAGAAGUCGCAUCAGCGGAGUUCGAAAUCUUCUUGCGUCUCUCCAUCACUCAUGGCCGCGGCGCCCAGCAUCUCGCGCUCGCUGCAGCAGCUCCUUCCGGCGACCCGGCCUCUACCGCCAGCCCUCAAAACCCACCCCGCCAAUUUGUUCAAGGUCUUGGCGCGGACACCAAACGUCGUGGGGAAAGAGGUCCACCAAAUUCGAUGGUCGGACAAACAAAUCUCGGACUGCUACUGGCGCGUCACAAGAGGCCGCUUCAAGUGCAACGGAGACCACGGUAAACUCUGGGGGCAAUUGUACUGGAAAGGCAAACUUGUGACCAAGGGAGCAGACGAGAGGAUACGAGGGUCUCUGAAGUAUAAAUGGAUCGAUGGUCGUUCAAAAGCCAAGGAGGUCAGCCCUCCAACCUCGACCUCCCCUCAUCUCUAUCUCUCCCGUCGACUCCAGCCGCCCCGACAGGGCUCUCCUUUGGCGGCAUCUAGCCCCACAAUGACGACCUCUCAUGAACUAAUUGACGCCCAAUUCGAUAAAGCUGUUUCCAUCGUCCAGGCGCUUCCCCCUGCGGGCCCUAUCCAGACCGGGUAUGAGGACAAGCUCUUGAUGUACAGUCUUUACAAGCAAGCAACUGCCGGGAAUGUGAACUCUCCACGCCCCGGGUUGUGGGAUAUGCUUGGGCGCGCAAAAUGGGAUGCUUGGGCGAAACAUAAAGAUCUCAACUCGUACGAGGCCAAGUGGAUGUAUGUCGGGGCACUGCUCAAGGUUUUGCGAAGAUACUCUGACCGAACCGCGGCAGCUGAUCUUAUUCGGGAAUUGGAGGAGUCUGGAGGGGACCCCGCGAACCUGGUCAUGAGCAGGAGUCUAUCCCGCGACUCCGAUUCUUCCGACUCCGAGGACUCGGAUGAAGAUGCUAUUCCUGUCGGCUACGUCGAAGCACGCUCUCACCUGAUGGAGAGCGAAGGACAUUCCCAGAUCCUCGAGCAUCAAGAACGUCCACCCAGUGCAUAUGAGCGGCAAUCACAGAUUUCCCGUCCUCCCUCGUCCGUCUCUUCCAACCGCUAUCGAACGCCAAUGGCAAGUUCGAUGGCCACGUUGCCCCCACCGACCGCGCUGUCGCGCGUGCCCGAGACGCAACCCCUGCCUGGUUUCGAAACACCCUCCGCCUUUGCUGAUCCAUCUGCGUCCUCAUCUUUCUAUCCUCAAUCUGGCCCGUACUCCGGGCCAUAUCCUGACUCGCGGAUUGGGCUGACGUCCCCUCCGAACGUACACCCUCAAUCGACCCAAUAUCGCACGACGCAGACGCUCCCGCGCCCUGCCUCGCGGUCUUCCCUGGAACACAGUGUCGAAAAUGUGCAAGCCCAUCUUGCGGCCAUAUCCGAGCGACUGGAGCUCCUUGAAUUGACGUCGGGACGGCUGUCUCAGUCCCGUCUCAGCGUCAGCCCACGCGCAAGCCACUCGGACCAAGGCUCGCCGAGAGGGAGGCGCAAUGACCCGGAGCUGGAUCUGGACGACCUGGGGAUGUGGUCCCUGCUGGUCAGCCCCGUGUCGCGUGGACUGGAAGUCGGGCGUGCCUUGACUCAGUUCUUUGCCCGGGACGAGAACCGGACGCCGGGGAUGGCUAUCGUGCGGCGGUUGACUCUGGACGUCUCGUUCUUGUUUUGCGUGCUGUGGAUUUUCCGUUCGCUGUGGAGGAAGAGCGGCGUUAGGCGACGAGAAGUGCGGGCUGCCUUGAUUGUUCUCUGGCGAGCGGUGAUAGGCUCGCAGCCUCCCAGGACGAUGGUCGACCGCGCCGUCUAG